AUGGGAAACUGGGGCCCAGAGGGUUACUCACUGGCCAAGGACAUAUCACUGGCUGGAGGCAAAGUAGCCCUCAGCUUCAGGCUUCAGGUAGAGAGACCUCUGUCUGCCCUGUCUUCCCUGGUGUCCACCACAUCUCAAGAGCCCUUUUGCUCCAUCCCAAGCUCAGAUGCAGGGGGCUCCUGGGCCACCGCCGGCUGCUCAGUGCUUGCUCGACACCCGGACUCUACCAUGUGCCUCUGCAACCACAGCACCAGCUUUGCCAUCCUGCUGCAGGUGUAUGAAGUCCAGGAAGGUCCUGAAGAGGAGUCGUUGCUGAGGACUCUGUCAUUUGUGGGCUGUGGCGUGUCCCUCUGUGCCCUUACUACCACCUUCUUGCUGUUCGUGAUGGCUGGCGUUCCCACUUCUGAGCGGACCACAAUCCACAAGAAUCUUAUUCUUUCCCUGGCCUCUGCUGAGGGCUUCCUCAUGACCAGUGAGUGGGCGAAGACCAAUAAGGUGACCUGUGUGGCUGUCACAGUGGUCAUGCAUCUUCUCUUUCUGGUCGCCUUCUCUUGGAUGCUGGCAGAGGGACUGCUGCUUUGGAGCAAGGUGGUAGCCGUGAGCAUGCACCCAGGCCCCAGGAUGAGGCUGUACUAUGCUGCAGGCUGGGGCAUUCCUGUGGCCAUCGUUGUCAUCACCCUCGCAUUGCACCCUCAUGACUACGUGGCUUCUGGACAUUGCUGGCUCAAUGUUCACACAGAUGCCAUCUGGGCCUUUGUGGGGCCCGUCCUGUUUGUGCUGACUGCCAAUACCUACAUCUUGGUCCGUGUGGUUAUGGUCACUGUAUCUAGCACCCGCCACCGUGCACGCAUGCUGAGCCCACAGCCUGGCCUACAGGAGAAGAUCAGGUUCCAGAUAUGGGCCAUGGUGAAGCCGGUGCUAGCCCUGUUACCAGUCCUGGGCCUGACCUGGCUGUUCGGCCUCCUGGUACACGUUAGCCCAACCUGGGCCUAUGCUGUUGUGCUUCUCAAUUCCUUCCAGGGCCCAUACAUCUUCCUUGUCUAUGCUGCUUACAACGGAGAGGUGCAGAACGCACUACGGAGGAUGACAGAGAGGAAGGCAGUGGAGGUGCUCAGAGCAGAACAAGUGCACCGGGCCAAGGACACUCUCUGGACCUUCUAA